GUAAAAGGGUUCAGUGUCAAUUGAGAAAGAUGCUUGUUAUCACGAUUUUAUUUAUCACCUGGCCAUGGUUUUUUGUUUGUCUUGGUGGAAAAAUUAUUAAAUCACCUAAAAUUGAUAUUUUUAGUUUAAAUUCAACGAACAAUGAUACUACAGAAAUCCAUACAAUUUGUCGAAUUACAUCUGAUGAAUUAAUUGCUGAUGCACAAUCAAUUGUCACUCGAGUUUCAACAAGUACAAAAAUUCUAGACGAACGUUUCGAUUUAUUUGAAAAAAAAUUAAACGAAAUAAAAGACCUUGUUUUGCAAAUGAAUUUGCAAAGUUUAUCUGUUAAUUUAAAUGAUAGAAAAGAUAAAUUUAUUGUUAAAAAAAAUUAUGAAUAUUUAAAAACACCUAGGCAAUUUGAAAUUAGAAAAUUCAAUGAUACUGUUAAUGAGAUAUUAAUAUCAAAUGAAUAUUUUAAAGUCUAUACAUAUUUUUGGAUAAUUGAAAAUAUGAAAAAUAAAUUAUCAAAUUGGAGAACUGGUUAUUCACAACGAAGUAAUACUUUUUAUAUUAAACAAGCUGGCUAUGGAAUGUACAUGAAAAUAACACCAAAAUAUUUUCCUGAUGGUACAAUUUUCAUAGCUGUUGGUUUGACAAAAAGUCAUCAAGAUAAUAAAUUAUCAUGGCCAUUUAUUUUGAAGCUUCGUAUUGAAAUUUUAGAUCAUUCACCAGAAGAGCUCUUGAGAAUUGAUAGAUCAUCAAGAUUGUGGGAUCCAUUGACUGUUUGCCCAACGUAUUUUUGGCAACAACCAGCAAUAAUUGGACAUCCAGAUAAUUUAGAAUGUGUUGGUCUCAGUAUUCCACGUGAUAUUCUUCAUACUGGAAGUAAAUACUUGUGGAACAAUAGUCUUUACAUCAAGCUCAUUGUUUAUUUAUAA